UCGAAUGUUUUUAUCCAUUCUUCCUUACUCUUAUAUACUUUUAUUACACUGCUUCUAUCUAUUGCAUUUGUGUUGUUUUUGUUAUUUUUUUGUUUAAUUUAUAUAUUUCCAUGGUGUUGCGCACGUGCGUAACGUAACUGCAAAUAAAACUAUUUAUGUUCAAGUUUCUAACUACACAUUAUCAUUCGAGAUGACCACUGAGGAACAUCAUCAUCAACAACAAAACUAUUGGACGAAAACUUUGGAGUGCAGGUGGAAAACAAGUUUUUUUUCUCAGCUAAAUUUGUAAUUGUUAAGAAUUGAAAAUAGGAAUCUAAUGCCUUUCGGUAGUAAACCUGAGUGUGUUAAUUGUGGGACUCGGGAAACACCACUUUGGCACUCAACCGAAUCUGGUAAUCUAUGCAAUGAGUGUCUUGAGAAAAAAAGAUCUGCCCAGGCUAAUGGUGAAACAAAAAAUGAGGAAGACGACAAAAGUGGAUUAUUAAAACCAAUUAGACGUAGUACAAGGAUCACGAGGUAUUGUAACUCAAAACCGAGUGCACCACAUAAGAUUGUACCAAAGGGUAAAGGCAGGAGAAACCUGUUUAAGAAAACGCCAGUGAAAGCACCAACCGCCACUGCUACUCCUGUUACAAGCAAUUAUGUGUUCUAUAAAGGUACUUAUUUUCAAGUUGGAGAUAUAGUUUCGAUGCAAGAUAUAGAUGGUGGCAUUUAUUAUGCUCAAAUACGUGGAUUACUAACCGAUCAGUAUUGUGAGAAGAGUGCUGCUGUAACUUGGUUAUUACCAACAACAGCAAGUCCACCUCCGGAACAAGGAUUUUCACCAGAAACUUAUAUCGUUGGACCUGAAGAAGAUUUACCAAGAAAAUUGGAAUGUAUGGAAUUUGUUAUGCAUGCUCCAUCAGAUUAUUAUAAACUCAAAAAUACUCCUUAUCCUCCACCGUUAAUGGAAAAAGGAGUUGGAUACGUUUGGACAACUCUGAGAAAUGAGAUUAACAUGUGUAAAAAAUGAUGAUAUUCUUAGAUCUUAUAUAUUUAUCUAUAUAUUAGAUAGAUAUUUUUAAUUUUAUUAUUAAGUAGAAAUAAUUACCUUUUGAUUUUGUAAUAUUUCUCAUUCUGCUCUUAAUUUUAUUCAGUUAAGCAAAGUUACUUAUAUAGUUAAGAUAAAAAUUGAAGAUA